GAAAAGAGCAUAAAUCAUUUCUUUACUUCUUUCUUAUCAUCCUCCCUUCUUUCUUUUGAAGAACAAAAACUUCUAAACAAGUGAGAGAAAAAAAAUGGCUCACUCAUUAAUAAAAAAUUCAAUCAAAUCAAUAAACCCUAAAUUUCUGUCCACCCUCUCAGCUCACCGGAUUGUCCGGCGUUUUGGCUCCGCGGCGGCAGCUGACGAGGAGCAGUCCUCAUCUUUCACAUUCUCAUCGGAGGGAGACAGCAUCCAGCUGAAAUCACCGUCUGCGGCGAGGCGUAAACUGUCGUCGUCGGUGACGAUGCCGAUUUCGUUUAUGACGGGAUCGAUUGUGGGGAAAAGGUUUUACAAAGAAGUGAAGACAAAAGAAGCGGAUGAUGGUAAUGGUUGGACCGUGAUGCUUGAUUACAGAACGCUUAAGACUCCUGCUAAGAGACCGCUUAAGCUUCCUACUGUUGCUCUUGCUAAGGCUAUUGCCGCUGAAUGGGAUUAUCAACAAAUAGAUGGCAUAAGACCCUUUACAAUGCCUCUUAUGAGACUUGCUUGCACUGCCUUGGAAAGAGUUCCUGUGACAAGGCCCAAAAUUAUUGAGCAUUUGGUGAAGAAAUUUAAUCAAGAUUUAGUAUUUUGCCGUGCUCCUGAUGACAAUGAACUUGCAAGCUUGGUCUAUGAACGCCAAGUUGACAAAAUUGAUCCUCUACUACACUGGUUGGAGUCAGAAUUUGGCUUUAAGCCUGUUGUAUACUCCAGCUUUUUUGGUGGAAAGCAGGAAGAUGGUCUUGUGAUGGCUAUAGAGAAACUUCUAAAGAAAACAGACGACUGUGAAUUGGCCGCAAUUGAUGCUAUUGCAGCAUCAGCACAGUCAUUAACAAUUGCCAUUGCAUUGGUGCAUGGGAGAUUGCAAAUUGAGGAAGCAAUAGAGCUUAUUAGACUUGAAGAAGAUUUACAGGUGGACAGGUGGGGCCUUGUUGAAGGUGGCCAUGAUAUCGACAUAGCUGAUAUUAGGGUACAGAUUUCAUCACCAGUUGUAUUUCUUGGUUUGUCAAGAAAUAUGUAGAUUUUGUUUUGUUGUUAAUCAUCCCAAAUUUUAUAGCUGUCAGCAUGAGAUGGUCCAUGUCAUAUCCAGAUAUUUUUAUUCAUGGGGUCUUGUUCUGUAGAUGGGUUUUGUUCUUGUUACUACUUUGUUGACGAGUUAUUGUGCUCUAUAGGCCCCUCAGAUUGUUUAACGUCUGAAAUAAGCCGAUCGGGAGUUAGGUUAUGAUCCAAAGAACAAUGAUCAAGUUGAGUCUCCGGAUAGAUUUUGUGAGAUCGGAAAAUAUAAUUCGAUAAAUCCGAGAGAUUUUUGAGCAACAAUGCAAGAGGUCUAUAAAACAAUUAUCAUAA